UUAGGCGCUUCUGCGAGGGUUGGGGGCCUGGAGGUCUGGAGACAGAUUUGCUUCUGGGUGCUGCUUGCGCCGCAUUGGUCUGUGAGUGAAGAGCUAUAUAGCUGUCUCUUUGGUACUUCUGAAUUCUUCAUUUUCAGCAGCAUCAAUUUCCUCGCCUUCGUCUUCCCUUCAGACCUCUUACUCGAAUCUAUCCUCCUCUCCAAACGAAAAGUCCAUUGAUAUGGAAUACAACUUCGAAAACCUGAACGAGCUUGCCCGCAGGCGCGCUGAAAUGGGCACAGACGAAGAUAAUGAAGACAUUUCCCUCAGCUACUGUCAAGAACAAGGAACCGGGGCGGGGCGGCUCUACAGCUUUGUUCUCAAGGACCGUGUCACUGUACGUUUUGGAAAGAAGCCGUCGCCACCUCGUUGCAGUUGUGGUGCCGGUGAGGGCAAUAUCGCUUGUAAACACAUCUACUGGCUUGAGAAUGAACUUCUCGAAGUACAACCUGAAUCAGAGGACAACGUUUUUCCAGGUCGUAUUCAGUUCACCAAUGAUGGUGCCGAAAUCCACAACCAACUACCUAAUGAGCCGGUCAUAUUUCCCGAAAGACUUGUCGACAGGGUUCAAGGAGGCCUUGAGGGAGUAGCCCAGGUAUCCGAAUGGGCCUUCCGCUCUCCAAACGUCGCUCAAGAAGAUGGCUACAGGCAAAUGCGACAGGAAUUGCAAAGGGUUCUCGAAAUCUUCAAGCCGUCAGACGAAGACGCAGCGGAAGUUUACAUGAAGGCUAUGAAGCGGCUCAUAAACAUCAUAGACGAUGAGUUUUUGUACGAGAUUCGUCAGGAAAUCACACCGCAAUUCGAGACCGAGGCCCGUUUUCGCCGGGUGGAGCUGGAGAUCCUAGGAACCUGCAAGGCCUUCAAAAACUACAAGAAAUACGGCCCCAACUCAUUGGCAACAGGCCAGCGAGCUUACGACGUCGUCCAAUGUGGCGAGAUGCUCAAGAAGCAUGUUGGAGAUAUCCAGAGAACCUACCAAAGACAGUCACAGAUAUCUCCUGGAGUCGCCGCCCUGCACGCAAGUGGCAUCUUGAUUGACAUCCUCAGAUUUGUCAUCGACCAAAACAAGGACAUCAACGACAGUAUCACCUGGAGUCGCGCAACACCAAAUGGCGAGACGGACGACAAGAGGAACCUUUUCAUCAACCUUCGUGGAGGCCAAGCCCCCGGUUUUAUCCUUGACACGCUGGGUACGAUUUUCCAAAAUGCUCACCCAAUCGACCAAUCGCAACUUGAGAUGCUCGACCAUGCUAUGGCUCAAGUAGAAGGCCCUCCCAGUUAUGUCCAGCGUUUGAGGGACCUCCGAGCUCUUGGUUCCCAGCCUCGUUGAUCGCUACCCGCCAAGGAAAUAACAGUCGACUCUGCCG